AUGGUCAAUAUUCGAAUCGCCCGCGAACUUCGAGCCCCACGCCUGCAAAGUCCCCGGAGCCCGCCACCUCGCACGGUGCGUCGGCGCUUGAGCGCGAGCGUCAGCGGUAGCGUGCGUGUGGCAGUGCGAGCGAGCGGCGGCUCACAAGUCGCGCUCGGCGGGCAAGGCGGCGCGGCUGCUCGGCGCCGACGCCACGCGGCUGCAGGAGCACACGCACCACGCACACAUCGUACGUAUCGUCGCGCGCACAGGCCGGCGGAAGGGGCCGCCGCGCGCAACGCUCGCAUCGUAGGUACCGUCGCGCACGGAAGUGCUAGGAGCCGCUGCCUGCAACGCUCACGUCGUAGGUACUGUCGCGCGCAGAGGCUGUGGCCGCUGCGUGCAACGCUCGCGUCG